AUGCCUUCUAAGUCCCGAGCGAUAGCCAUGGCGGUCGAGUCCUUCUGUUCGACCACGCUGAGAAGGAGCAGUCGCAGGUCCAUAACAGCUAAUGUCCCUGAUUCAAGCAGAGUCUCAAUCUCGGGCUCAGCAUUUAGCUCUACAGCUGAUAAGUCUUCAUCACCACCAGCAAAGCGAGCACGCGUCAAAGCCGAGUCUGCAGAGUAUGUUCGGCACACGCCAAGCUCCUCGCAACAACCCUCCCCCGGAUCACGUAGCAAGACCACCAUCAAAUCUGAGGAACAAUUCGACCCAGUCAUAGAAGAAGAGAUCGAGGAUGCAGUGGCGAACACAAAGCCCUCUCCUCGAAAGCGGCGGCGAACGAAGAAGGAAGCAGAUGAGCAUGACGAAAUGUUUCCACCACGGCCGUCUCCGCUUUCGUCUCUGUCGAAUGGAGAGCAUAGUCGUGGAGACAGAAGAGGAAGUGGGCUCUUCAUCGGUGCGCACAUUAGCUCAGCAGGCGGUGUAGAGAAUGCACCGCUCAAUGCGCUUAGGAUCGGCGGCAACGCUUUUUCCUGCUUUGUCCGACCCAAGAUGCAGUGGGCAUCGAAUCCGAUCCGCGACACAUCUGCCGAACAAUUCAAGCAGCACGUUAUGCAACACAGCUUCAUGCCCGCCGCUUUGAGCGUCAAGAAGGAGCAAGACAUCGAACAAGAGACUCAUCGAUUGUCUGACGUUGAAGAAUACGGUUAUGUCGUACCGCACGGUUGCUAUCUGGUCAACCUCGCGAAUCCCGACGAGAGCAAACGCGAAAAAUCUUUCCAAGCAUUCAUAGACGACCUGCAACGCUGUGAACAGCUCGGUAUUCGACUCUUCAAUUUUCAUCCUGGGUCCAUGACCGUUGCCUCGAUAUAUGGAGAAGAACCUCCCGACGUUGGACCGCGGUCGGAAGUUCGAGCUGCCAAAGCGGACGCGUGCGCUCUAGUAGCAUCCUACAUCAACCGCGCUCACUCACUCACUUCGUCGGUCAUCAUCUUGAUCGAGAACAUGGCAGGGUCCAAAAACGACACGAUCCUCGGCUCGUCGCUCGCCGAUCUCGCUUCGAUAAUAUCUGGCGUCCAGGACAAGUCCCGCGUAGGAGUAUGUAUUGAUACAUGCCAUGCGUUUGCAGCCGGAUACGAUCUCACGACACCAGCCGCCUACGCCACUUUCACCGAGCUCAUCGACUCAAAAAUCGGAUGGCAAACCGUACGAGCUUUCCAUCUCAACGACUCAAAGUUCCCCCUAGCAUGCAAACGAGAUCGGCAUGCCAACAUCGCUCGAGGCCAUAUAGGCCUUGGUGGGUUUUGGAACAUUGUCAAUGACCAGAGGUGGAACGGUAUCCCGUUGAUUCUAGAGACUCCUGCAUUGGGUAAUGCUAUCGCCGCAUAUCCGAGCAAACAAGGCAUGGUCAAGAUGCAUCAAGUGUGGAGUUUUCAGAUUCAAGCUCUAUAUGCGCUGAGGGAUACCAAGUGGGGCGAGUGGAAGUUGGCCGAGCAAUGGUUGCAGAAGGCCGAUCGAGUGGUGGAGGAAGCCGAGAAGCUUCACUUAGCGAAAAAAGGAGCCAAAAGUUGUAACAAGCUUCCAAAAUCCAAGACCAAGAAGAAGAAAGACAAAAACGACCAAGCGGAUAGCGGAUAG